AUGGACAGUGUGAGAGUCCUCGAGCGUACUGAGUGGAGCGGCGAACCACACCAAUCAAUAUUACUUGUGGGGAGUCAAGAUGAAGCUGUUCUCGAGGAAAGCGUGCCUCCAGAAAAUGCGCAGCCUGCCAUGAGACCCGUGUCAAGAAAGAGGCAGACGAGCAUCCUCCUAUGCGCUUUUUUGGACGUCUUUGUUACUAUCGGGCUGAAUCAAGCCUACGGAGUGUUUUUGAACUACUACUUGACCGAUGGUAGCAGUGAGAAGGAUCCCUUCCUCUCAAAGAGCGAGGUCUCGAGCAAAGCGAUGCUGGCCUUUGUCGGCACGAUUGGUGCUGGCUUGACUUGGGGAGGAAGUAUUUUCGUCAACCCUAUUAUGGCGAGAUCAAAGGAUCCUCGAUGGAUUACAGGCUGCGGAGUCAUACUCAUCAGUGUUGCCUAUGUGAUGGCAAGUUUCUGCCACAAGGUAUGGCAACUUCUCUUGACGCAAGGACUACUGUACGGAGUUGGGUCUUCUCUGCUAUACUUCCCAAUCCUCGCGGUGGCACCGGAGUACUUUGAUGCCCACCGUGGCUCCGCCAUGGGCUUCAUUCUCUCAGCCGCUGGUGUUGGUGGACUUGUCUAUGCACCAGCUGCUCGCGCGAUGCUCGAAAAUAUGGGUGCAGCUUGGACGCUGAGGAUAUUUGGUCUUGUGAACUUCGCGAUAUGUAUUCCUGUUGUUCUGGCCACGCCACCCUCUAGAAGCCUCGGCAAACGACCAACUCUGGUCGAUGUUAAACUGGCGAAGAGACUAACAUUCAUCCUACAAGCUCUCGCGGCUAUGUCGCAGGCGGCAGGCAAUCUGGUGCCCCUGACAUUCUUGCCCGAGUUCAGCACAAGGCUAGGCUAUACUGCUGCGUUCGGUGCGGGACUGCUCUCGAUCAAUAACGCCGUCAAUACAAUCAGCCGAAUAUCAAUGGGCUUCAUUGCGGACAUUGCUGGGAGACAAAACACCCUGGUCUUGAGUGUGCUGGGAAGUGCCGUUACCGUUGUGGCAUUUUGGCUGUCUAGUGCAUACGGCAAUGACAUGGGCCUCUGGAUCACAUUUGUGAUAUCGUACGGUAUCUUUGCAGGCGGAUACAACUCUUUGUUCCCCACGACUGUCAUCGAAGUGUUCGGAGCCCAGGCGUAUGCGUCAGUCAAUGGAUUCAUCUACUUCAUUCGAGGACUGGGAGCAAUCUGGGGCUCCCCUGUUGGCGGCGCGCUUGUGAAAGGGGGAACACACCCUCAUGCCUACAUUUCCUUGAUAUGGUAUGAUUUUGGGCUUUUGUUGUUGUCAAGCGUCUGUGUCAUUGGCGUGAGGGCAUUGGACGCUUCUGCAAAGGGUGAAUUCAAGCUCAAGGCCUGA